CAACUCUAUGGUCAGGGCUUUGACCCGGAAGUGAAGGUUGUUUUCCGCUUGCCUCAGCCGGCUCACGGAAGAAGAGGGCAUCAUGCAGGUCUCUAGCCUCAACGAAGUGAAGAUCUACAGCCUGAGCGCCGGCCGGAGCCUUCCAGAGUGGCUUUCUGAUAGGAAGAAGAGAGCAUUACAGAAGAGAGAUGUUGACAUUCAAAGGAGAAUUGAACUUAUCCAGGACUUUGACAUGCCCACGGUUAGCACGAAUCUCAAAGUUUCGCGAGAUGGGCAAUACAUUAUGGCAGCAGGUACAUAUAAACCUAGAGUCCGAUGUUAUGAUACCUAUCAAUUAUCCAUGAAGUUUGAAAGAUGCUUGGAUUCUGAAGUGGUUACAUUUGAUAUUUUAUCAGAUGAUUACUCAAAGAUUGUUUUUUUGCUAUGUGACAGAUAUGUGGAAUUUCACUCCCAGCAUGGCCGUUAUUAUAGAACCAGAAUACCCAAGUUUGGUAGAGAUUUCUCAUACCAUUAUCCAUCAUGUGACCUGUAUUUUGUAGGAGCAAGCUCUGAAGUAUACAGACUAAACCUGGAACAAGGAAGGUACCUGAAUUCUCUGCAGACUGAUGCUUCGGAGAAUCAUGUGUGUGAUAUAAAUUCCGUUCACGGCUUAUUUGCGACUGGGACACUUGAGGGAAAAGUGGAAUGCUGGGAUCCUAGGACACGAAAUCGAGUUGGAGUGUUGGAUUGUGCUUUAAGCAGCUUAACGGCUGAUAAACAGGUAGAUGGUCUCCCUGCUAUUUCAGCCCUGAAAUUUGAUGGAGCUAUGAACAUGGCUGUUGGGACAUCCACAGGCCAGAUUUUGUUUUAUGAUCUCCGAUCAAGUAACCCAUUAAUUGUGAAAGAUCAUCAAUAUGGCUUGCCUAUUAAAUCAAUCCAGUUCCACAAUUCAUUAGAUUUGGUUAUUUCUGCUGAUUCACGAAUCAUAAAAUUUUGGAACAAGGACACCGGGAAAAUAUUCACUUCCAUGGAGCCUGAACAUGGUAUUAAUGAUGUCUGUAUAUAUCCUAAUUCAGGAAUGCUGUUCACAGCCAAUGAAGCGCCCAAAAUGAAUAUCUACUACAUUCCAGUGUUGGGUCCUGCUCCAAAAUGGUGCUCAUUCCUUGAUAAUCUAACAGAAGAACUGGAGGAGAACCCAGAGACAACAGUGUAUGAUGAUUACAAAUUUGUCACGAGAAAAGACCUUGAAAAUUUAGGGCUUACACAUCUCAUUGGAUCUUCAUUACUCCGUGCAUACAUGCAUGGCUUUUUCAUGGACAUAAGACUGUAUCAUAAGGUUAAAAUGAUGGUGAAUCCAUUUGCCUAUGAGGAGUACAGGAAAGAGAAGAUUAGGCAGAAGAUAGAAGAAGCCCGUGCACAAAGAGUACAACUAAAGAAACUUCCCAAGGUUAAUAAAGAGCUGGCACUAAAACUUAUUGAAGAAGGAGAAGAAAAUCUGCAAAGUGGGAGGAGAAAAAAGCAAAAGAAAACACCAAGCAUUCUUACUGACGAUCGCUUCAAAGUCAUGUUUGAGAACCCAGAUUUCCAGGUGGACGAGAAGAGCGAGGAGUUCCGGCUGCUCAACCCGCUGGUUUCUAAAAUAAGUGAGAAAAGAAAAAAGAAGCUGAAGUUUCUGAAGCAGCAGGAUAGAGAGGAAGAAGAGGAAGAACCAGAAGGAAAACCAAGUGAUGCAGAAAGUUCUGAGACUUCAGAUGAUGAAAAAGGCUGGGUUGAAGAGGUCAGGAAACAGCGCAGACUUCUCCGCCAAGAGGAAAAAGUAAAAAGGCAGCAGGAAAGGUUGAAGGAGGAUCAGCAAACUGUCUUGAAGCCUCAGUUUUUUGAGCUUAAAGCUGGGGAAGAAUUCAGAAGUUUCAAGGACACGGCUCAAAGGCAAAAGUUAAUGAAAAAAACUCUUGGUGAUCGCUUGCAGCUUGAAGAGAAGGUUGGCGCACUAAGUGUACAUGAUACCAUUGUAGGAAGCAAACAGGUUACCUUUAAAUUAAAAAAGUCAGAGCAACAGCAAAAACAGCAGGAAGCAGAGAAGCAUCAUCAUCAGGAGAGGAGAAAACUGAGACGUUCAGCGAGUAAUCUCAAAAGUAAACGAGGAAGAGGACGGCCCUUCCAUUGACUGGACCAUUCUGCUUUUUCACUUGUGGACCUUCAAGAGAUUGGUUUCUUUUUGCCCAGAUAGUGUAUAGAGGAAAAGUAAUGUCUUGGCAAGUCCUGUUUUGACUGAGGUGGACUAUAAAUAGCAUACCUGUGGGCAAAAAACACGUAUAUGAAAAGCAAAGGUGUUUGUUGAGGGGCAGGGAGUUGUUAUCAUAUAACCCUGUGUGUGAUUCUUAUGCAAAACUUCCUACGCAAACUGGAUUUAACCUCUUUUCCAAUUAAGUUUGAACAUCAAUGAAUUGUUUUUGGAAGAGCUGGACAAGGCCAAUCUGCCAAGUCUUUAUCAGUGUUACAGGAUAAAAUGGCUUUAACUGUUUGUUUAGGGCCAUGUAGAUUAGGGUGUUGCCAAUGACAUUUGCCACAAGCGUAACACGCAGAACCAGAACUGUGGAUUUCUGUGAUCUCAUUAAGCAAAGUCUUGCUCCAGCAAAAGAUUUGGAUGCUCACAGUCAAGCUCCCCCAAUACACUUAUGGUCUGUUCCAAAAGGGAGAUGUUCUUAACGAUAUAAAUAUCUGUAUGGGUGCCAAUGUAAUGAAAUAAAAGGAGGGGAGACUACUUCAGUGCUGACCACCUUUGGCACUGUGCUAAUCCUUGGUCUGAUUUUGCAGACGUGUCUCGUAUGAGACCUCUCCUCUUCAUGUCCACAGUGGACAGAUCCUAGCCUAUAGAUGAAUACAAAUGCCUUUCUAACCAUUAUCUCUCUCUUUAAUAUGAACCACAAUCCAGUACAGCUUUUUGAACAGGAGGGGUGAGUUUCUGGGGUCACCUGCCUGUAUUUGGUUCCUGUUGUAAACUUGCUUCUUCUGUAGCUGGAAAAAUGUGAAGACCUCAGUUGUUUGGGGGAAUAUAUCAUGUUUGUACCUUGGCACUGUGUGUCAAUGUAGUGCAAUGCCUACAGUGCCAUCCCAAACAGAGUUACAGCUUUCUAGCUUUGUGGCUUCCAUGGAUUUUGGUUAAAAAAAGGUGUCUCUGCUUAGGAUGGCAGUGUUAGUGUCACAGCACAAUUAUUGGCUUGCAUAAGUGGAGAAGAAACUUAUUUGAAUGCUAAAAUUAAAGGGCUGAAGAGGCUUGAAGAGGAAAACCAGAUGACCUGUCUUGUAAAAGAACUGCUCCAGACUGCAGUGAGAAAAGCCCUCCCGUAUACUGGUUACUGUACUAUAACCAAAGUAAUCGAAGAAAACUAAAGAUGACUGUAUACAAUGCAAAUUAAGAACUGCAAAGCAUUUAAGAGGGUGGGAAGAAAACUACAGUAAUGUGUUUUAAGUUUAUAUCUGCUUCUCGUUGAUGAGCUCUCCCUUUCUAAGAGUAAAUUAUUGAGUGAAGAGCUUUGUAGGGUCAAACCUACCAACAGUCACCAUUUGUUGUUUAGGUGGCUCUGCAUGGCCAGUUUGCUUUGGGAAUUGGCUCUUCCCUUUUGCAUUUGUCUUCUGUGGAGAUUUUUGUGUGUGUAGUUUUUAAUGUUUCUGAAAAGUAGGGCACUAGCAUAAACUCUCUAAUAACCAGCAACUUCAUGAAUAGUUAUGUAUGCAGUCCUGCUGUGAUAUGACUGCCCUGUGGGAUUGUGAAUUCAUGACUUCAGCUGUGACCGUUUUUUGUUAACUCUGACCUAGUUCUUGCUAUUUAUGAAAUGAAAAGUUUCCCUUGGCUUCCUCCAGCCAAUCUUCCAGGGCUCAUCUAGCAUCAUGUAAGUCAAGAGGGAACAAACUUUUUACAAUAAUGAACUCCAAAUGUUUGAUAUUUCUUUUUCUUUUUUUUAAAUCAAAUUCAGGAGAUUUGGUGAAAUAUAUUUACUGUGCAUGUGUCAUUCUCCAUGUGAAUUUCCCUUGUGCAGUUGAUUUUGGCCUUUCACUAGUCAGCGUUGCAGCCCCAGAGCACAUGGGGGUGGGGAGAAGGUAGUGGGUCAGAUAGUGGCUCGGAAGAGGGGGAGAGAAUGUGCUGGGUGUGAUCGUGGGUGAAGAUGUAUUCCCCCAAGCCUGCUGAAAAAUUCACAUAAACAUGCAUUGUUCCAUCACUUUUAAGAUUUAGUCAUAAUCCUAGUGAUUUUUCACUUGAUCUUAACCAAAAGGCUGAGAAGCCAUGGUCCUAGUGAUUCUUGAACCCUAAUAACAAAAGCUUCUCUAGUUAACUUUUUAAUGUAAACAUUAUCAAGAUCAUGUUUCCCAAAGACAAUGAAGAUAAAGCCAUUAAACAAUUUGUGUUAUUCUGCAGUAACAUUUAAAAUUUGAUUGCAGUAUGUUGUGAUGUGAUUUUUUUUUGUCCAUUAAAAGAUGAUCACAGAAACUAUAACAAUGGCCCAAGAAUAUUCAGGAUCUGUUGGAUAUAUAUGGAAAGAUUCAUCUUUAAAAAUAAAGCCCUGGCAGACAGGGUCCUUCUAAGCC